AGAGAGAGGGAGAGAAAGAGAGCGAGACAAGAGACCAGAUAAGGAUCAAGAUCAAGAUAUAGAGUCGCCUUUCCCUGACAACAAGGACAUAGAGAUAAAGCACCAAAGUACCAUGCAGGACGACCCUGAGGGAUACUUGGUGAUUGGGGGAAACAGAACGGGAGACAUCCACAGGACUGGUAGUGGGUUUGCUGGUGGGGGAGGUAUGGGAGACAGGGGAGGAGACAGGGGAGAUGGGCAAGACACAAGCAUGGAGCUGAAGGAUUUGACCAGCAGCACAACAGACAAUGAACAUCUGAUUGCAGAAGAAGACGAGGACGGUGACAUCAUAACGCAAAGGAAUGACAUCACAGCAAAAAUGAAUGACAUCAGGACUCAAUGUGAUGACUUCGGAGAUGAGGUCAACGGUGAUUCCGAGAGCCAAUCAGCGCACAGUGAGCCUCGGGUCUACAUAGAGGUGGGUGUGGCUAAGGUGGAGCUAGCCUCGGGACCACUCAAGGCCCAAUCGUCUUUCCAAGAAUCUCCGGAAUUCCCGUCCACUGUGAGCACAGGUAACCAUGGCACUGACAUUAAAACAGACACUUUGAUGAAUGACAGCACAAAAUCCAGCAAUGACUCUGAUAAUGACAGCGCUAAAACGACCACAGACACUUAUGACAACUUAGAUGAUAGCGGCAAAGUCAACAGGGAAGAUUCUUCGGACAAAAAGAGUACUGAUGCUUUUAAAUUAAAAACAAACCCACACAAUCACAACUCUGAUCUGGCCAUGAUGGACUCCACAACAACCCUCUGCAGACGUAACCACGACAACUACACAACCCCCGACAUCCCGUCCGACGACACAUCCACCUCCAGAUCGGAAACUUCAGUCCCUCUCAACCAAUCGGCCCCGGCGCCCGACAUCACAUGGGACGACACCCCGAACGUCAGGGAGGGGGGUGAAGGCGACGGUAGACCGCCCUCACAGAGGAGUGUAGCGGAGGGGGUGUGCUGCUGCUACAGAGCAGUACACAAGGCCUUCAUAAGGUGCCUAGAGGAGACACCAGCCAUGCUCCCUGGACUGCUGCUGGCCAUGGGCUUCUGUGUGGCUAUCAUCAUCCUUAUACCAACUACCGGAAGGCUGAAAGAGAACAUCAGUGUCCAUGUAGGGGCCCUGUCCGUGGUCUGUGUGGUGCUGUGUUUGAGCACAGCCCUGCUGGUGGCCCUGCCCUGGCUGGCCGUGGUGAGGCGGUGUGGAGGAGCGCUGUCACUUUGCCUCUGGGGGGCCCUGUAUGUCACAGCUAUAGUCUUCACCUUCACCGGAGGGCCCGUCACCGCAUGGGAACAGGUAGCGUUCUUCCUCUUCCUGUCUCUGUGUGUGUACACGGUGCUGCCCCUGUCCCUAGCCUGGGCUCUGAUGGUGGGCAUAGGGACCAGUGUGUCACACAUCAUCAUCAUCAGUGUCUACGUUCCCGUCACCAGGCCUAACACACCAAACCUGGCAGUGCAGCUGGUGGCCAAUGCUGUGUUGUUUUUGUGUGUGAACUGUGUGGGAGUGUUUCACCUGUGGCUGACUGAGCAUGCCCACAGGAAGUCCAGUAAGAAGAAAGAGAGGUUCAGCGCCAUGCGCUCCCAGAGGGACAUGCAAAAACACCAGCAGGAGCACCUCCUCCUGUCCGUGUUGCCACGAUAUAUCGCCAUGGAGCUGAAGACGGAGAUCAUCAAACGACUGUCAGAGAAUAAAGAGAAAGGACAGAACUUUCACAGUCUGUACAUCCGGCAACACAAAGAUGUCAGUAUUCUGUAUGCUGACAUUGUGGGGUUUACUAAGCUGGCCAGUACCUGUUCUCCUGAGGAGCUGGUGGGAGUCCUCAAUAAGCUCUUCGGCAGGUUCGAUGACAUUGCCAAGAAGAACGAGUGUUUGCGUAUAAAGAUCCUGGGUGAUUGUUACUAUUGCGUGUCGGGUCUGCCAGACCCCAUCCCGGCCCACGCCAGGAACUGUGUUCAGAUGGGACUCAACAUGUGCACGGCUAUCAAUAAACUACGGGAGGCUACUGGUGUGGAGAUCAGUAUGAGAGUGGGUGUGCACUCCGGCAACGUUCUCUGUGGCGUGAUUGGUCUACAGAAGUGGCAGUACGACGUCUGGUCACAUGACGUGACUCUGGCCAACCAUAUGGAGUCUGGGGGCAUGCCAGGGCGUGUCCACAUCACAGAGGAGACACUGGGACACUUAGCUGGGGUGUACCAAAUGGAGGACACUGACGGGGGAAGCCGGGAUGCUCUGCUAAAGGGGAGGAAAACCUACCUGGUGAUCGACCCCCAUAAGGAAGACACCACCUCUAAGAGGAAGGAAAAGAUAAACAUCCUGACGGUCAGUGGUCAUAAGCAGCGAGCCUCAGUGAGGAUGUCUCAGUACCUGCAGUCCUGGCAGACCAUCUGUCCAUUCUCUGACCUCAGCAACCCUGAGGCCACACCCACCCAGCUGCCAAUCAACCCGACCUGCGCCAGCACGAAUCAAUCACAGCCAUCCGCAGAUAGACCACCUACUCAGACCGAUUCCAGCAGUACCAGUCAGGUCCUGGACGACGGCAUAAGAGGGUCGUUAGAUACUAUUGACGGCGCAGGGCGGAGAGAAAAAAAGCUGAACUGCUUCACGCUGUUAUUCAAUGACCUAAAGCUGGAAAAACAGUUUCGUCUCUCAGAGGUCAAAGGUCUACACCAGUCAGUAGGCUGCAUGGCUCUCAUCUUCGUGUCUCUGUUUACUGUCCAAAUGCUCGUCUCCCAGAAAAACUUUCACAUGGCUGUGUCGUAUGGCGUCACCUUCCCUGUUCUAGUGUUGCUUCUCUCUGUGGUCUGCACGGGACACCUCAAGAGAUGGCGCUCUAAAAUCCCUCUCAGUCUACAGUGGGUGACGUCGCUGUCACAGGGAGUGGCCACAAGGCCGGCGGCACGUUUACUGCUGGUCUGCCUUUGUCUACUCAUCACCUUGCUUAUGGCCAUACUGAACUUUUUCUUUCUACCUGGAGACAACUGUGCCUCCAACUCGUACAACACAUCACAACUACAGAACCUCAACCUGUACACCGUCCCUUAUUACCUGUACUGCUGCCUGCUGGCCAUGCUAGGUGUGGUGGUGUUUGUGAGGACGUGCAUGUCCGUCAAGGUGUUGCUCCUCACACUGGCUGUAGUAGUCUACCUGUCUCUCUUCCUCUACGUCUACGCACCUCGCUCAGACUGUUACAUGGCCCUGCUCUACAAUGAUACAAAGCCUGGAGUCCUAAAGGAGCCUAAGAUCAUGGCUGGAGUUUGGCUGUUCAUCUUCUAUUUUACAUGCCUGAUACUGGCACGACAGGACGAGUUGGGCUGUCGCGUGGAGUUCCUACUGCAGCAGUGUUUCAGAACUGAGAGGGUUGAGAUGGAGACCAUGGAGAAUGUUAACAAACUACUACUGAAGAAUGUCCUGCCUCUUCAUGUAGCAUCUAAAUUCAUGGGCAAGACCAUACGCAACCAGGACCUGUACAGCCAAUCAUGUGACUGUGUGUGUGUGAUGUUCGCCUCGGUACCCCAGUUUAAGGAGUUCUACAGCGAGAGCAGUGUGAACCGAGAUGGACUGGAGUGUUUACGUUUCCUCAAUGAGAUCAUCUCAGACUUUGACGAGCUUCUCUCAAAGCCAAAGUUCUGUUCUGUGGAGAAGAUUAAGACUAUUGGCAGCACCUACAUGGCAGCUGCUGGUCUGACCAAUCCUGCUAUAGGGGACGAGCGAAAGGACUGUGAUGUGUCCUACAGCCAUGUGCGCAGCAUGGUAGAGUUUGCCAUCGCUCUGAAGAACAACUUGGAGUCCAUCAACCAACACUCCUUCAACAGCUUUAAGCUACGCAUCGGGAUAAACCAUGGUCCAGUGAUUGCGGGGGUGAUCGGAGCCCACAAACCACAGUAUGAUAUCUGGGGGAACUCUGUGAACGUGGCCAGUAGGAUGGACAGCACCGGAGUACUAGACAAGAUCCAGGUGACAGAGGAAACAGCGCAGGUGGUGAAGACCUUUGGCUUCAGUGUGACCAAGAGAGGAGUCAUCACCGUCAAGGGCAAGGGAGAACUUACAACCUACUUCAUCAACACCGACUGACCAAUCAUCUUCUCUCUUCUGACCUCUCCAACCAAUCGUCGUCACCCAUCCAGCCACACAUCAAACUCUGACCUUCAGUCGUCCUUAUUUAUUCUCAUGCAGUAAUGCUGUGAACGGGGAUGCUGCAUUAGGAGGAAGGAGGUGCUGUCUUUUGGAGGAAUAUGUUAAACCAAUUACAGAUGUCAUUAUAACGUACUGUAUUGAACUUUUGAUCGUGUAAUUUCAGAUCAAUGUUUUUCAUUUUGUUUUUUAAAAGAGAUUGAUGUAUUUUGUCUAUUCUGAAUGACUUUAUAAGCACGCCUGGGCAUACAGUAUAUGAAUGUACAUAGAAAUAAACUAAGAUGUGGAAGGUUGUGCUUCUGUGUACGCUACCAAAUACCAAAUUGCAUUGAUGUUUUUGUAAGCUCAUGAAAAUGUGUGUAUUUCCUUUUACUCAUAACGUUUCAGGAACCUGUGAAGCACUGGACGUGUAGAAAUAUGUCGUAUUUAAACAAUUGUUUCGACGUAUGAUAGUUUGGUGAAGCAAGAUGACGUGAAUUCAAUAUUAAACUAUAUUUUGGAAUUUUGA